UUUCACUGGACAUCGCAAUAAGUUGUUCCCUUGCAGAUCUUGUGCAGUUUUUUCACAAAUUGUGAGGUGCGUGCUGAGUGCUGAUGAAAAAAGACAUUAUUCGUCAAUGCAUCUCCUCGAUAGCAAUUGAGAAGAUACAAAAUCAGCUGAAAAAUAAACAACAAAUUGAUGAAAAUUAUCUUAUCUUUUCGAGUGUAUAGUUUUGUGAAAUCAUUGGGCUUGCACUAAAAGAAAGCUGAAAUUUAAUUGAUUUACUGGUAACAGGAAUGGGUAAUCAUAUUGUUUAUGAAAUUGAUGAAGAUGACUUCAAUGAUGAGGAUGUUGACGAAAUGCUUGGCGAGCAAUUGAGCUUAGCCGUUGGUACUGUUAUGAGUCAGUUGGAACGUUUGGAACGACUUAACCCGUUAGAAAGGCCUACGACACAAAUGCCUGUGAUACGAAAGAAUCCAGAUUUGCGAACAUUUCGCCAUACAAUGUUGUACAAAGAAAUCAAGGCUUUGUGUGCCCUGCCAGCGAAUAGUAAUCGACCCAGUGAACGCUGGUCGUUGACGCGUGGUCUACUGAGGCGUGAGAACGGUAUAGCCGCACAUCCAGCUGGUUCGUUUACACCGAAUCAACAACGUCGCAUAGCUAACCUAUUUGUGCCUAAUAACAAGGAAGAGCGCCUAAUGUCAUUGGAGGCUAAAGUUUUCGUUUGCAAAUUUAAUAAGGAUGGAAGCAAGUUGGUUACCGCUUGUCAAGAUUCAAUUAUACGCAUUUUCGACUCUUCGAAGGGCACAUACCACCGCAUAAAUCGCAUAACGGCUGACGUAUGCAAUUGGAGUAUUUUGGAUGUUGAUUUCAGUCCCUGUGGACAAUAUAUCGCUUAUUCUACCUGGUCGGAUACAUUUUUCGUGCUACCCGUGAAUGGUAACGGCAGAGAAUUGCAAUGGCUUAAUUUGAAUGCCGAACAAACACGCUCCGGUAUCUUUUCCUUGCGUUUUUCGCCAUGCGGACAAAAUAUAAUCGGUGGCUGUAAUAAUUCACUGAUCUACAUGGUCGAUCGGGAGUCACGCGCUGUGCGUACAAUUAACACACAACGAAACCACAAGUCCGAUAUAAAUGCUGUUAGUUUCGUAAGCGAUCAAGAUUCUAAUAUAUUUGUUUCUGGUUGCAAUGAUGGUGUAUUAAAAUUAUGGGAUUUACGUUGUGUUGGAAGUUCGGGGCGUGCGGGCAGUGGUACAGGUUCCGGUAGCAGUAACAGCAACAGCAGAUAUAAUAACAACAGGCAUGCACCAGUUGGCGUGUUUAGAGGUCAUUUAGAUGGCAUUACUUACAUUGAUCCGCGCAAUGAUGGUCAUUACCUGCUAACUAAUUCCAAAGAUCAAAGCAUUAAAAUUUGGGACUUACGAAUGACAACCCCUAGUAACAAACUAAAUAAGGUGAAACUGCCAUUGAUUCCAUGGGAUUAUCGUUGGGAUACAGUACCACGUGAUUAUUACAACCCGAAGGCAACGUUGGAAGGCGAUGUUAGCGUUAUGACAUAUCGUGGUCACCGUGUCACAAAAAGUCUAUUGCGUGCGAAAUUCUCCCCCGCACUGCAAACUGGACAGCGCUACAUUUACACGGGCUGUGGCACAGGCAGGAUCAUAAUUUAUGAUGUUUUAACUGGACAAAUAAAAGAGGCUAUUGAAGGACAUAAAGACAUCGUUCGCGACUUAGCAUGGCAUCCUGUGCGUUCAGAAAUAGUAUCAAGUUCGUGGGAUUCGCAUGUGAAUCUUAAUACCUUCAAACAUAAUCCCCUCCUGAAAAGACCUAGUUCUGGUCCGGGUUAUCAAGGCUCCCUGCGACGUUCAUUACGUAUUGCACAUCAAAAUGGUGACUUAGAUGAUGAUGCCGAAGAGGAUGAGCCCGAGCAGACAUGGUAGCGGUCCUCGUCGCGUAGCAACCGAUUUUAGCCAGCAGAAACUUAAACAUCUAAGUUCGUAUAGGGAGGCACAG